UUUCCAUAAGUAUAAAGAACAGUCACCCAGAUCCCAGCCAGUCUGACUAGAACAUUCCACCGAAGGGAGACAGACAGUUAGACACAGAGAACAAGGAAGACAGAGAAACUAAAUCAGAAGCCAAGCAGGACAGAGAACAAGGAGAGACACAGGAAGAGGAAGAACUAGAAAAAAACUGGAUAAAGGCAGAAGAGACAUAGAGACACAGUGAAAAAAGUGAGAGAUAGGAAGAAAAAAGAAUAGGGUGAGGACCUUGAGAAAGUGAGACAGAGGCAUUAAGGUAGGAAAAAGGCGAGGGAAGUGAGGCAGAGACCAUCUGCUCAGGGUGAGGAUGUUGGUCUGCAGGCUCUGGGCAGCGAUUAGCCGGGCACUGUUUGCUGAAUUCCUGGCAACAGGGCUUUAUGUAUUCUUUGGAGUGGGCUCGGUCUUGCGCUGGCCCUCAGCAAUGCCUUCUGUGCUCCAAGUGGCUAUCACUUUCAAUCUGGCUACAGCCAUGGCCAUACAAGUCACUUGGAAGGUGAGUGGGGCCCAUGUCAACCCAGCUGUGACCCUGGCUUUCCUGGUGGGCUCCAAUAUUUCCCUGCCAAGAGCCAUGGCCUAUGUGGUAGCCCAGUUGGCGGGGGCCAUUACAGGAGCUGCUCUGCUUUAUGGAGUCAUUCCAGGGGACAUACGAGAAAGCCUCGGAGUGAAUGUGGUCCGGGGCAGCGUUUCCUCAGGCCAGGCUGUCGCAGUGGAGUUGGUGCUGACCCUACAGCUGGUGCUCUGUGUCCUGGCUUCUACUGACAGCCGCCAGACCCCAGGGUCUCCGGCUGCCAUAAUUGGGCUCUCUGUGGCUUUGGGCCACCUAAUUGGGAUCUAUUUCACUGGCUGUUCCAUGAACCCAGCUCGCUCCUUCGGCCCAGCUGUCAUUGUUGGCAAGUUCUCUGUCCAUUGGAUCUUCUGGGUAGGACCACUGACAGGAGCUAUCCUGGCAUCUCUGAUCUACAACUUCAUCUUGUUCCCAGACACCAAGACUCUGGCUCAGAGACUGGCCAUUUUAACAGGCACCACAGAAGCUGAGGAGGUGGCACCUCACAAGAAUGGCCCACAGCCCACUUCAGGAGGCACUGAGCUACCCAACUUGGUAUAGAGUUCUUAAAAUCCAGUCUGUACCCCACAGUGGUGGGUGGAACAGGAUUACAAAGUGUCAGACAAGACUGUUUAGGGGCAGUGGCAGCAUGUCAAAUGCAGUGAGCACCUGGCCAAGGACAUUUGGGGCACCUUAGUCAGGGAGAGGGCUUGUGUCCUGCCCUGAUGUGGAAGUGAGUUUCAAGGGAUGGGGGUGAGGGAAGAAAGGGAAAAGAGGAGAAAAAUUGUCACUAACCCUCCCAGAAAAUUCUAGCCAGAAUAAAGCCCCAGAGUGGGUCUGGAUCGCCUUCAUCUCUUAGUCUCUGGGAGAAGCAAGGUAACCACGUCCGCUUACUGCCACCACUUGACCUAGAACCAAGGGGAGGUCCAGACUUUCGAAUUAAUUCAAUGUAACAAAUUUGCAUUUAGCAUUUACUGUGCACAAGAUUUGUGCUAGUCAAUGGGGAAGUUAAAAAGAUCAAUAAGAUAUAAUUUCUACUCUCAAAAAAAGCUUAGUCUAGUAGAGGCUGUUAAAAAAAA